GCGUCAAAGUUGCAAGGAAAGGCAGUAAAGCCAACGUACUGGGAAAAGCCGUUGAAUAUAUUCGUGUUCUCAAGAAGCGUGAGGCUCGCCUUAAGCGUGAACAGUCUGGCUUGCGGUCACUCAUCUGCGGAGUCGUGGGAGGCGCAGCUUUAUUGACGCAAUGGGAAAGGGAAUGGGUAGAAAAAUAUGGUGGCCCAGAAAAAGACGAGUUAGAUGACGACGAUGCAGAUGAAGCUAGCGAUGAUGACGACGCUGAGGGUGAUGGCGAAGACGAGGGAGAUGACGAGGAACGUGCGCGCAAAAAGGUGAAGGUGGCGAAGGUACCAGCGCAGAAAAAGGACGGACGAAAGACGACCACUUCAGCCGUCAUUAAUGUCGGUGGCGAGAUGAUGAGUGCUACAGCGGGCAUGGUGGUUCCCGAAAAAAGGAAGCGAGGCAGACCGCGCAAGAACCCUCCCGUCCCAGCGCCGCCUAUCACUGCGUCUGCACCAGUAAUGCUUUCUCCUCCUCCUGUGGCUCAGGAAGCGAAUAUAUCCAUGAUGCAACAACAGAUGCAUUCACAGGGAAUGCCACCGCAACAGUACUUACUUGCAGUUUUUGCGCUCUUUUCGUUCUUCAAGUCACCUUUGGCUUCAUCGAUGUCGGCACAGCAUACACAUACUCAUAGCGGCUCUGUUUUAUCAGACGUUACCGUGAAGUUGCCUACUUCGUCGAUUUUAUCCUCUGAGCAAUGGACCUGGAAUAACUUCGUUCAGGUCGUUCAUCUCGUUGUCUCGCUGCUAGUUUUUGCAACUAUCGUCUUUCCAUGGCUCCCAUUGCCUCGGGGGUUAAGACAUACACGACUUAUGCGAUUAGUGUCUUUCGGUACAGCUUCACGUGAUACUCGUGGAUCUGCCCGUGGAGGCUUUACAACGCAUAUUUCUUCUACAGAUGCCUUACCUACUCCACCUGCCUCGCCGUCAGCCAGUGAUACCGAGUCUGAUACCGAUUCUUCGUCCUCAACCGAGGAACUUCACGCGCCUUCGCAUGAUAACGUACAUGCUGCAAACCGCAUUGCAGGCGCCAUCGCCACGAAAGGUUUGCCCGAGGAGAUGGAUCAUCUCGUGGCUGCCUUGGGUUUAGGACACGGUGUAUUUGGGUUGGCUCGUGGUACGUUUACCAUGGGAAGAAAGAGGAGCAAGGAUAAAAGUGUUGAUCGUGAGCUCGUCAGGCGUGCCUGGAUACGCCUUGGCGAACUAUUCGCCAUGAAUGUCUCUUGCAAUACCGCUGUGACUGCGCGUUUACAGACUUACCUGCGCGCAUUGUCGUUGCUAGGAUCUCCUGCUAAAUCGGCCAUCCACUACACGUCGGAUCUUUGUACGAUGGCGUUGUUGGCGCGAUGUAUUCCUCUUCCUUUCGCUGACUCACGUGCUGAGGCCCUUUGGAACCGUGCCAAGAUACACGAAAGUAAAUUGGUUCAGCCGUACGAGCGGCUCGUCCUCAACAGUAUCACCCUCAAAGAAGCGGCCACCCGUCUGCGUGAAACAACCUUACCCACUGCCAACUCGCCAUUGCGCGCUCUUGCCACUUCUCUUGUGCUGGAUCGGGUUCGCGAACAUGCUUCGGUACUUUUCGUACGAACUGCCUCCCCCGAUGAGGACGUGAGUGGAGAUACCUGGGCAUUCUCGGAGCAAAACGACAAGCGAGGUGAAAAAGAUGAGGAGAAGCGCUGGCGUGAGACCAUCAGUGCUGGAAGGAGUCUUGGAGGACAGGUUGGUGCCCUCGUUGACGCAUUCGCGAAGGCGUGGCAGAGUGGUGUAUUGGAUAUAGACGGGCUACUCUCAAGCGAUGAGGAAGGCGAGUGUACUGAAAUCGCCGCCUUGCUCAAUGCGAUCGUGCUGUAUCGCCAAGUUUUCCCUCCGAGUGUCCUCUCGUGCACAGCUAUUUCCGCAGUGGAAGAGGAGAGCUCCACCCAAUCGAUAUUGUCGCCCCCGCCGAGCCCAUCAUCGUGCCCUAGUGGUUUAGUUCGAGUAGGCUACGAUAAGGAAGCAGUGUUGAAGCUGCGGCGAGCAUUAGGAUCAAGUGCUUUCGACUUUAGAGAAAUCGAAGGGAAGGUGCUCGAAGAAGGUGCGAAAUUGGGGGAGACAUUAGAAGAAACGAGGGACCGCGUUGUUGACUUGCUGGUUGAGUACGAGAGGAGGGGACGAGGUAGAAUUUGUAAAUUUAACGUUCAAGAACAUUGAUAAUGCCUUGAGGAGUUUCUUAGUCUUAUUUUUCUGCUUUUUCUCUCUCGUUCAAUUAUAUCUAACAUAUCCGAGAUCAUACUCUUGUAAUCUUGACUGUAAUAGACCUGCUACUUAUAGUACUACAACAUCGAGUGCUAAUUUCAGAACUGGACACUGCUCGGUCCGGAAAAGG